UUAUUUAAAUUAGAAGACGUAGAAGAGGGACAGAAUAUUUUCUAUCGAGUUUAGAGUAUCGAUUUAUUAGUUAUUUGAUUUUGUGGGCGUUUUCAGUUUCUAGGGUUUCUGCGCGUUUCUGGUCGUUGAAAUUAUAAGGUUUGAAGAAGAAGAUCCAUGGCCUUACAAGGGCAGGGAAUCGACCCUGCCGUUCUUGACGAUAUCAUUAAUCGGCUUCUAGAAGUCCGAUCUGUCAGACCCGGAAAGCAAGUUCAGCUCUCAGAGGCUGAGAUCCGCCAGCUUUGUGCUGCUUCCAGAGAAAUCUUCCUCGUGCAACCCAAUCUAUUAGAACUUGAAGCCCCGAUAAAGAUAUGCGGUGACAUUCAUGGGCAAUAUGGUGACCUCUUAAGGCUUUUCGAGUAUGGGGGCUUACCUCCCCAAGCCAAUUAUUUAUUCUUAGGAGAUUAUGUGGAUCGUGGGAAGCAGAGUUUGGAAACUAUAUGCCUCUUGCUUGCUUAUAAAAUAAAAUACCCCGAAAACUUUUUUCUUUUAAGGGGAAAUCAUGAAUGUGCUUCUAUCAAUCGCAUAUAUGGAUUUUAUGAUGAAUGCAAACGGCGGUUUAAUGUGAGACUUUGGAAAGCCUUUACGGAUUGUUUUAACUGCCUCCCUGUGGCAGCUCUUAUAGAUGACAAGAUAUUAUGCAUGCAUGGUGGCCUGUCCCCUGAUCUGACAAACUUGGAGCAAAUAAAAAACUUAACAAGGCCAACUGAUGUUCCAGAUACUGGUUUGCUUUGUGAUUUACUCUGGUCUGAUCCAGGUAGAGAAGUUAAGGGCUGGGGAAUGAACGACAGAGGAGUUUCAUACACCUUCGGCCCUGAUAUAGUGUCAGAAUUCUUGAUGAAGCAUGAUCUAGACCUUGUCUGCCGUGCCCAUCAGGUUGUGGAAGAUGGCUAUGAAUUCUUUGCUGAUAGACAACUUGUUACAAUAUUCUCAGCCCCAAAUUACUGUGGUGAAUUUGAUAAUGCUGGUGCAAUGAUGAGCGUAGAUGAAAGUUUAAUGUGCUCCUUCCAAAUUCUAAAGCCUGCUGAAAGAAAAACAAAAUUCAUGAUGUCUACAAAAAUCUGAAUUCGUUUCUGAAGUUCUGGUACUUCCUAGUAUUGUAAAGCUAGUCUUUCUUCUCUGUAACCUUUGGCCAAGAUGGUGAAG